AUGAGGGAAAUUGACAAAAUUUACAAUCAGACUUUACAACCAGUCUUAAUGAACUGUAAGAACAUGAACGAAGAAGAAAUUCAACAGCUUCGCAGUUAUGUUGUUAAGUUUCAUCCUCGUAUAAGCAGUGAGCUUUGUGAUAUACUCUUGAAAAAAGGAGAAGCCCUGAAAAAACUACCAAAUCGUUUUUUUAUAUUCAAAACCUUUAUAAGAAUUAAACUAAAGGACGGCGGCGACAGCAAAAUUCCUGAAAAUCUAAUUAGUAAGACGAGGAAUCAGAACACGUUUGUAAAAGUACUAGCAAAAAUAUGGCAUGGACUUCCAGAAUAUCAACAAAAUGAAUAUCAAGAGAUUGAAGAAACAAUAAAAUCCAUACAUGAAAAAAAUCACCCUCAUUGGAAGCCCAAUCAAUACAGAAAUAAGUCCAUUUUUAAAAUCAAAAAACGACGCGGAAUUAAUGCAUCGUAA